AUGGCCACCACAGAGACUCCCGCGCAACAAGCGCCUCCCACAAUCCAGAACAAAACAGGUCGAAUCAAGUACGCCGAUCCUCGCAGCUUACCAAGCUUCCCGUCGUCAGGGUUGGCUCCCGACGGCGCUGCAGCCAGCGCCGCUGCAUCGCUCGGCUGGUCAAACCAGAAACCCAUCAAUCUCUGGAAGCCUGAUCCCUCGUCUUCAGCUUCCGCCGCCGCCGUUCUGGCCAAGGACUACAAAAUGGCGCCGCAAUGGGAACCGGCAACCCAGUCAGACGGCCACAAGGCUGCGCUUCUUGCUGUUGGCUCUGCCAGUGCAGCUCUCAAGAAGACCGAUACCACUACGUCUGGGCCCUCACAAGAUACAUGGGGAAACUCUGCAGCGACCCAGGCUUUUCAUGCGAACAGGCCAGCGUCGGCAGAGCCUCUGAGCCUGGCUCAUGGUAGCUCGGCGGCUACACAGGCAUUCAACGAGAAUCGAUCUCAGUCUAUGAGGAAGCCGCGACGACCUCAUACUCCUCCGGGGGACAAGUCCCUAGUCGCCGCCAAUGGAGCCAUGAGACGUCCCCUCUCAUCCACUGGCCUAGCGGACGUUCAGGCUUCAGAAGCUAGUGCUGCCGCUAGCGCUCUUAACGGUGCUACUUUGGCUCACCGGCAGUCCAUGACGGCUAAGCCAGGCGUGGAAGAGGUCGGAGCUGUUUCUGUUACGACCAUGACACGAAACAUGUUCACCUCACAUCCUCCUGUGAAGCCCGAGGUUGACGAGCGCACUUACAACGAGAAAAUUCAUCAAUCUGCAGUUGAAAUGGCAAAGAAGAUGUACGCCGGACAGCAACUCGGGGCCGACCAGCCCAAGGACGCACCCGGACAAGGCUCCGGGGCGUCUCAACCUAAUCAAUAUAUGAACCUUCAAGAUGCCGCCUAUAAGCAAGCCCAAGCACGCAUCGCUAAGCUUCACGAUGAGUAUCACCAAAGCCGGGAGUUUCAGGAGUACUAUGGAAACGAAAAGGCGAGCAACCCGAAACACCGCUUUUCCAUGUCGCGUAAAUGGGGACGACGGGGCUCGCAUAGCGAUGAGGACUUGGACGAUAGACAGAAAUCCGAGAAGAUUCGCGAGCAAAUGUCCAUGUUUUCCAGCAAGUUAUCGCAAGUUGACAAGGAAAAGAGACACAAAGAUCGUGAGGCUCUUCUCGCGGCAGCGCAACGCAACGUCAAGGCCCAAUUGCACGGCAUGGACGAGAAGGUGUAUCAAGAAACUGGCAGAGCAAAUCCCACUCUGAUCACUGACUGGGAAGCCAAAGCUCAGAAGGCUGCCCAAGCCCAACACGAAGCACGAACGGAUGAUUCCGAGGGCAAGAUUGACCUCGGAGGUGGCAUGUUUAUGACACAAGAACAGGUCAACGCUAUUGCGUCUAAGAAGAUCCAGCCUGUGCUUGAUGAUAUCAAUGACAAAGCUGAGACGGAGCGUGAGAGACAAGAGGUGCUCAAAAUGGAGGAACAAGCAAGACGGGAGCAAGCAGAGAAGGAGAAGGCUCGGGAUCGCGAAGUUAAGGAAAUUGCUAAGAAGGACAAAGAGCAAGAGAAACAAGAAGAAAAGGCCAAGAAGCUCCAGGAGAAAAUGGAAGAAAAGGCGCGGAAAGAUGAAGAGAAGGCUACCAAAGCUGAGCAGAAGCGCCAAGCAAAGGAGGAGAAACGUAGGUCGAAGCAUGGAUUAGCUGCAGCAACUACUUCGAGUCCUCACCAGGGUGAACAUACGCAAGAAGCAGACGAAAAUCAGGCCGGGCGCGAGGAGGAAACUCGCGGGGAGACUGCUCAAGAACUCGGCUCGACUGGCAGCGGUCCUGCCGUUGAAACAAUUGUCGAGGCAUCCGACUCGCCCCAGCACAAGGCUGAGGGAUCAACCUCCCCCACUGCAAAGGUCAAGGGCUGGAUCAAGAAUCGAUUUUCUCGCGGCAAGUCUAUCGGAGAGCAAGAUAAAAAGCGGAGGAGCUUCUUUGGCGGUGCCUCUAUGAAAGAUCACGCUGGCGAUGGCACCGCGGCGAGCAUCGAAAACCCAUCCGCAAGCAUGCACGAGGUGGCCCUGGCUGGCAAGUCUGGUGAGGAGCACGAAACCGAGCACGAAGCGGCCAAGGAACCUGCUCACGCAGAAGCAAAGAGGGACUCUCAAGGUGUGAGCCCGGUGAGCCCGAUCAGCACUCCGUUGGAGGAGGAACUUGAGCUCAGGGACGAGGCAAAGAACAAGGGAAAGGGUGUUGAGGAAGAGGAGCGACCAAGCCGGAAAGCCAGCCUGGAUCCUCCUCGGCCUAUUGAGGACCCUGCCGUUCGCAACAGCAGCAGUCCGACUCGUGACUCUCGAUUCCGGGAAGAAAUGGAUCAAUAA